AUAUGUAAGACCACCUGUUGGCUUUAAUUAUGUCAAAGUGAGUAGUUGGAUUCAUGAGUAUUUAGAUAUAUAUACUCUUGAACUUUCCACUUAAUUCACCACAUUUGUGAGGCAAGUGUCUUUGUGGGAGGAUGGAAGAGAUGAUAGAAGAAAAAAAGAUGAAGAUUCUUUGUUUGCAUGGAUUCAGAACUAGUGGAAAUUUCUUAAGAAAACAAUUAAGCAAAUGGGAUCCUUCUAUUUUUGUUCAUUUUGAAAUGGAAUUCCCAGAUGGAAUAUUUGCAGCAGGGGGGAAAUCAGACAUUGAGGGCAUAUUUCCACCACCAUAUUUUGAGUGGUUCCAGUAUAAUGAGGAUUUUACAGAAUAUGAGAAGUUAGAAGAAUGCAUUUCGUACUUGUGUGAGUAUAUAACAAGCAAAGGGCCUUUCGAUGGUCUUCUUGGAUUCUCUCAGGGAGCGACUUUAUCUGGCCUUUUACUAGGGUACAUGGAACAGGGAAAGAUUCUGAAAGAGCAUCCUCCAAUGAAACUAUUUGUAUCAAUAUCAGGUGCCAAGUUUAGGGACCCAAAUAUUUGUAAUGUUGCAUACAAAGAUGUUAUGAAGGUUAAAUCAGUCCAUUUUAUUGGAGAGAAAGAUUGGCUCAAUCUUCCUUCUCAAGAGCUUACAACAGCUUUUGAAAAUCCUCUCAUCAUAAGGCAUCCCCAAGGCCACACUGUGCCAAGACUAGAUGAAGCAGCUAUUGAGACAUUAAAAACUUGGACAAGGAAAAUUGUCCUCUCUUCCAAUCAGAGUUGUCUUGGUGGAGGACCAAAUGAAGCCUGCAAGCAUGUUAACAAUGAGAAUGAUCUAGAAGAAGGCAAAAAACUAGAGGAGCCUGAUAAAGUAGAGAUUCAAAAGGCUCAAGAAUAAUAGUUUUCAAAUUGUCAAAAGCUCUUCUCUAUUAUCUUUUAUUUUACAUUGCAAAUUGUCUAAGUACUCUUCUCAAGUUAUUUUGAGAUUCAAAUCAUGAAUCUAUUUUGAUUA